ACACAUACACACACACUACACACGUGUGCCUACCUCUGUUUGAUUUGUGCUGCUCACUGAGAUCUGAACUGGACUGGAGAAGAGGAGAGACAUUUGAGAGGGAAAAAAACUAGAGAGAAAUAGGAGAAGAGGAUAGAGAAGAGAAGAGAGAGAAGCUUCACUCACAGACGAUGACAUUCACAUAGCGAUCACAGAUCUUGUAGGACUCGUAUGGGGUAAGGCUCCACGUGUGACUGAGUGGGACCUACAGAUACCCAAUACUGUGCUUUGGGACCUGACACCACACUGAGAGUGGUGCUGAGGCAGCCGGACACCUACUAAAGCAGAAAGCAAGCUCCAAGGGAGGGAAAGGGGCAUCCAACAACAACCUGUGUUGUUUGCUCGAGCUCCUCCUCCCGUCCAUCUCUCAUCCUCCUUUCGUUCAUCUCUCCUCUCAUCCCUCAUAUUCUGCUCUGGAGUGGGAGAGUCUGUCUGCACUGUGAGUGGGAGAGUCUGUCUGCUCUGUGAGUCCCUGGGAGACGGCAGAGUGGUGACAGUGUGAAUGAUGGCAGCAAUGGCCCUGUCCUGGUAUCUCUGCCUGGCCGUGACUCUCCUCUGUGGCCCCUCCUGGCCCCAAGGACACUCGGCUCUGGCCCCUGAGAAUGAGGUGCCACUCCGCCCCACCGCCUGGCUGCCUGAUGGAAAGGUCACCUCCAUACAUCUGCCCAAAGGACGCACCCGGAGACUGUACUUCACAUUGAAGAAGGUUGUGAUGAUGUCUGUGACCGUCAGUCCCUGUGACCUCCCCAUCGAAUGGACCCUCGCAGCCCGAACCCUGAAGGACAAACCGCCUAAAAAUCCACACUGGAGUACCAAGAAGAGUAUGCCAGAGGUGUGGUGGAGAGGGCCUGGGACUGAGGACAAGAUACACACCUACACUGGCAACGCCAUGGACACCUACACAGGUCCUUCCUACGCCCCAGCAUCUAUCUACAUCCUCAGGCUGCGCCCCAAGGACCAGGACACCAGGGCUAGCGUGUACCUCCAUCAGGGCUCUGGGUCCUCAGGGGCCUUCCCAGAGCUUCCCUCUGACCCCCAUGUCCACACCCUGGGUGUAGGAAUGACCAGUGUCACCCUCAGCUGGGGCCCCAGUACCUCCCUCACAAGACUGCCGCACACCCAACGCAGCUAUGACUACUGUGUCCUUGUCAACCGCAAACACAACUACCGCAACCUCUGUGCUGCCCGGGAGGGCAUCAGGAAAGAGCGGGAGAAAGACAAGAAACGGCAGAAGAAGGACAAACAAAGCAAAGUAACUGUGUGGCCGAUUCUCAAAAACUGGUGGUGGCAGCAGUGGGAUGCUGAAACAGAUCUCCGGUCACCUGCUGCGCUCCGUGACCAGCAUGAUGAACUCCAAUGUGUUUGUAAGGGAACAGAGAGCGUGUGCACUGUUUCAGAGCUUGUCCCUGACACGCAGUACUACUUUGACGUCUUUUUGAUUGACAGGCUAAAUGGAACCAGUGCAGCAUAUACUGGAACGUUCACUCAAACACAUGAGGAGGCCCGACCAGCUAUCACACCACUCAGGGAAGGGGAGCUCCGGUGGGUGACCUUCCGGGAUGGAGGCUCAACCUCUGGGGAGUUCUUUAGCUUCCGUCCCCGGGGUUGGCAGCAGAGUGGCCUAUUCACUCUCCAGAGCUGCGGAAGCAGUGAGAAGAUCAAGGUCACCGUCUCCAGCAAGGGCCAAGAGCUUAGCUCCCAGGCUGUGGGAGAAGACUUGGCUCAGAUCUGGCUCCAAGGCAGCCCCUCCUACCUCAUCCACCUGGAGAGAGAGGGUACUGCGCCCCCCAGACAAGCUGCUCUAGGGGUGCUGAAGGCCUCUGUUAAGAUGCAGGCAUCCUCUGCUUACCAUCGUCAAGGGGUACCUUCGCUCCCCUCCACCCUGCAGAUUAAGUCUUUCAACAGGCUGCGGAGCUGUGAAUCCAUCACCCUGGCCUGGAUGGGCACAGAGGAGAGGAGCCUAUACUGCGUGUACCGCCGGAGGCUGGGUAAAGGCGAGGGGGAGAAGGGAGGUACGGCACCCUGCAUGGGGCCCGAGUCACGGUCGGACACUGAGAGAGUCCUGUGUAAAUACUUCCAGGAGCUAAACCCUCGGCGGGCUGUCACGACGGCCGUGAUCGGGGGCCUGGAGCCUGGGGUCGCCUACAUGUUUGAUGUCUAUCUAAUGAGACGCUGGGGGAUCCCCAUAAAGUACAGCAGCAAGACAGUGAAAACCAGGAAGGAGUGCUGAGCUGUUGCCCCCUCCUAGUCUCGUAGUCUGCAGCAGCAUUGGACUCAACAAAGAGGUGAUUUACAAAGACUUACCAUGACAAAGCCAUUCUACUAUGAGGGAGACUGUUAAUAAUUGUGGUACACCCGCCGAAGAGUGGUCGCAUUUGAACACUGGUACCCAUGGAUUGGGUAGGAGAAGCAGAGGGGGGACCGCACACCAGCAAAAUUAAUUCCAUUACAGUAACCUGCUGUGCUUUUUGUCUUUUUGUUUAUAGUUGUGCCAGUUGUCCAAGUACUUAUUCUGAGUCUGAGUACAAAGGAGGAUAGAGGUUUUUGAUGACAAAAAAUGUCAGCAAAGACUGUGCCCAAAAAUAUGCAACAGAAACAGAUGGAGCUUUGAUCGUACUUUACAAUGGGGAUAGAGAACGUAUGGUAAGAACCUACAGUAUAUAUUUAGUGCUGCAUUGUUUUGUUCUAUAUUCUACAGGCUUAAAACACAGAUGGGGUAAUCUAUUGAUGCUUAGCGCAAAGUCAGUGUGUAGGCUAUCUUGUAUUCUGCUUUCGCAUGAAGCAGGUAAAAUGAGCUAGCGACUAGCUUCAUUGUCUUUGAUGUAUUUUAAUUGUGCUAUGCUUAAAAUGCACCAAUAAACACAUUAGUAUCUCUAUCUCUGUAUCAACAUCUAAUAAAAUAUCCUCUUUUGUUUGACUCUUUGCUGACAGUUAGUUGAGAAAAUGAUUAAAUUGAGAAAUCAAUGUGACCCUAAAUGUUAACACUUGCAUUUAUUUAUCUCUACUUGGAUGAUUACUACAAAACUUAAGAGAAUGACUGAAGAUCAUGAUUGCCUAGCUGCCCUACCUGCUUCAACAGACAGAAUGGGUGGACAUCAGCCUGUGAUAUCAGAAAGUCUUGAUUCCACAAAACACGUUAACACGCUAAAAAAGUAACCAAUACGAGUGCAUUUUUGCAUCGACAUAAGCACGUUUUCGUUAAGCCUGUUGCAUGCUUCCCAGUCGAAACAGUUUGUGCCUAUAUUAUGCCUAAAUUAAAAUGUGUGAUGUU